GUCACAGAGGUGUACAGAGCGACUUUGUUUAUUUGACGUCAUCACUGCGCGAUCUUCUUGUGCAAACCAGCAUGGCUAAUCCCAGUUGUAAAGCUGCUAAACUGCAAGCACUUAGUGGAUUGUUUGCAGUAUAUAAACCCAAAGGACCAACUUCUGCCGAUGUUCUUAACAAGCUGAAACGUAGACUGCUAGAAGAAGCGGGUAUGGAACAAGCGUCAAAGAAGAGAAAGAAGCAGCCAUUGAAGAUGGGGCACGGAGGAACCCUGGACAGUGCAGCAUCAGGAGUUCUAGUAGUUGGCAUUGGAAAAGGGACAAAGAUGCUGAGUGAGAUGCUGACCGGUUCCAAGAAAUACACAGCUCUUGGAGAACUGGGAAAGGCUACUGACACACUGGAUGCCACAGGGAAAAUUACAGAAGAAAAGCCAUAUGACCACAUUAAAAUGGAAGAUAUUGACGGAGUUUUAAAGAAGUUUACAGGAACUGUAAUGCAAGUUCCACCUUUGUAUUCUGCAUUGAAAAAAGAUGGGCAGCGACUUUCUAAGCUUGUCAAGAAAGGUGAAAUUGUGGAAGCAAAGCCUGCAAGGCCAGUUACAGUUUACAGUCUCACUCUUCAGGACUUCCAACCUCCAGUUUUUACUCUAGAUGUUGAGUGCGGUGGUGGUUUUUAUGUCCGUAGCUUGGUUGACGACAUUGGUAAAGAGUUGUCUUGCUGUGCCCAUGUGAAAGAAUUGACCCGAACUAAGCAUGGUCCAUUCACUCUGCAAGAACACAUACUUAAGGAAGAACAGUGGACAAUUGAUGAAAUUGCAAACUCUAUCGAACAGUGCCUACAAUUUCUUCCUGCAGAGCCAUCUUGUAAAAAAUUAAAGACUGAUGUAGAAGAGUGUCCAGAGACAAAAGACAUUCACAGUGAAAAUGGAAAAAUAACCCUAUCAGAAGAUAAAUGAUAGCAGUGAAGUGGUAUAUGCCUUUAUCGUGUAUACUUGCAAAGUGCAGCUGUUAAUUUAGUAUUGACUGAUGAAACUUUUUUCAUUUUUAGUUAGAUCAGCUGUAAAUCUGAAUAUUUUAAUAUGACAUUGGUAACAGAAGAUGUUUUCUAUUUUUCACACAAAUAGAAAUAUUAAAGUAUUCACUUGUU